AUGACCCAAGGAAGCAAACAACUGAAAAUUGGUGAUAUAUGUUUACUAAGAUUCGUCAGAAUCGGUAACUACAAAGGAGAUUUCCUCUUAUCCAAUGCAUAUUAUACAUCGCUGGUGAUUGUAAACCCAGAUAUCAUGGAAGCAGAAACACUUAAACAAAGGUUUCGCGUUGAUGGUAGCUCUCUUGCGGUGUACCAACAUGUCAAUGACAAGAUUCAGAUCCUGGAAAAGCGUCAGAGAUGGUCACAGUAUCCAUUCAGAACCAUUCAAGAGAUGAGACGCUGUGAUAAGUGUGGAAACUGCAGAGUAAUUUGUUCUGUUUAUGCUAUUGACACCAUGACUGGAUGGUACAAGUUAGACUUGCUUGUGCAGGAUCAGACCGGUGAGUUCAGAUUCACACUUCUAGACUCAGUCGCUACAUCUAUCGUGAAAACUCUUGAUGCUAAAAUCGUGAAUGCACUAUCAGCUGAGGUUGAGAUUCCUGAAAUAUUGCCACCUCAGUUAGUGGAAAUAGUUGGUAAAACUUAUGGAUUUGGCAUAUCUAUAGAUUCAAGCAAGUCUUCUGAGAUUGAAAAUUUCUGUGCCAGCAAAGUUUGGACUCUUAGUGAUGUUAUUUGGAAAAGAACCAAGACAUUGCACCAGGAUUCAACUCCUUCGAGAAAGAAGCAAUGCACAAAUGUGAUUAAGAUUGAGAAACUAGAAGAUGGUGAGAUUGCAGAGGAUAAAAGUGGCUGA